AUGACUUCAACACCGAGAACGAGAAAGCCAUUUUAUUGGGAAAAAAGAAAACGUGUUGGUAAUUAUAUGUUAGAGGAUCCACUUGGUGAAGGUGCUUUCGGCAGAGUAAGGUAUGGUCGUCAUAUACCCACAAAUGAAAAGGUUGCAGUUAAAAUCGUGAAUAAAAGAGUGCUUAUAAAGAGUGGGAUUGCAAGAAAAUCUUUAAGAAGAGAAGGAAAUGUUCUUCAACGUCUUGACCACCCGAACAUUAUCAAACUUUAUGAAUCCAUGACGACGAGAACAUAUUAUUAUUUAGUAUUUGAUUUGGCUGAAAGUGGAUCCUUUCUCGAAUUUCUAAUACAAAAAAGGUGUUUAUUAGAAGAUGAAGCCAGAUUAGUUUUAAGAGAAAUAGUAUCUGCUGUAGAUCAUAUACAUACUUCAGGAUUCGUUCACAGGGAUUUGAGGUUAGAAAAUUUACUGCUUGAUAGUACUGGUCACAUUAAAAUAACAGGGUUUGGUUUAUGUAUGUUACAAAAAGAAGCACAAACACCAACUAAUCGUUGUGGAUCUCCUGCUUAUGCUGCACCAGAAGUAUUCUGUAACCGCACUCAUGGGACAGGAGUUGAUAUAUGGAGCAUUGGAGUGUGUAUGUUUGCCAUGUUGAUGGGCCAUUUGCCCUUUCUCCCCAAAAAAACUGCAAAACUUCCAGAACUUCAUUCUACAGUGCUUGCAGGAGUAACAUUGCCUGGAUUUCUUUCAAAAGGUACGUUCAUGCGUUCUUAG